AUGGUGCUUGAAGGAGCCCGGCUGAGUGAUAUGAGCCCGGAGGCAAUUGACCGAUUCGUGGUCGACAACUGCAGGAACAUAUACUUAGCCGGGUACGAGACCACUGCCUUGUCGUCCAUGUGGUGCCUCAUGCUGUUGGCAUCCAACCCCGAGUGGCAAGAUCGGAUCCGCCACGAAGUUGUCGACGUCUGCGAGGCUGACGAUGGCGAUCAACGAGACACUACGCCUCUACCCCUUGCCGGUGGUGUAAAGGGAGGGAAGCUGAAUGUGCCAAAGGGGGUGAAUUUGUGGACACAGGUGAUGACUUUGCAUACGGAUCCAGAGAUAUGGGGAUCAGACUCGUAUGAGUUCAAUCCUAAGAGAUUUGCUGACGGGGUAGCGGGCGUGUGCAAGUAUCCGUACUUGUACAUGCCCUUCGGAGUCGGACCCCGCGUCUGCUUAGGCCAAAACCUGGCUUUGAUCGAACUCAAAGGUCUUGAUUUCCUUAAUUUUGUCCAAAUAUUCCAUUUCUUUGUCGCCUAA